AUGCAAUUCAAACCCAUUCUUCUGGCAGCGGUGCUGAGCCACCUCGCUCCUGCGCUCGCUGCGCCUCCCAUCAUCGUAGGGUACUAUCCGACCUCGAGGCACACCGUUCUUAAAGAUCUGGACUUGGCCAACUACACCCACAUCAACGUCGCCUUUGCGCUGCCCGAUGAAAAGGCAAAUCUGGCAUUCGAGGGCGAUGAGGUGAUGCCCGAGAUUGUUCCCAGACUUCAGGAGAAGGGCACCAAGGUCCUUGUUUCCGUCGGCGGGUGGACCGGCUCGGCCUUCUUUUCCAACAUCACCACGGAAGGGAUGAGAGAGACCUUUGCCAACAACGUCAUUGAGCUGAUGAAGAAGCAUAACCUAGACGGCAUCGACUUUGACUGGGAGUACCCCGGCCAAGCAGGAAGUCCCUGCAACUUCUUCGAUGAACAAAACGACACAAGGAACUUUCUGGCCUUUCUUCAGAUGAUGCGAUCCAAGGUCAAGGCCCUCGGGGAAGACAAGCUGAUUACGCUCGCCGUGCUCACCCGGCCCUUUGCCGGACCCGGCGGAGAGGACGUGUCCAAGUUCGCCGAAGAGGUCGACUUUGCCAACUUGAUGCAGUACGACAUGAAUGGCGCAUGGGGAAAUGAAACCGGCCCCAAUGCCCCUCUCAACUUUGAACCGGGCAAGGCAACACAGGGUUCAUUCGCCACGGCGAUUGAGGCAUGGACCACGGCGGGCUGGCCGGCCGAUAAGCUCACCAGCGGCCUCGCCUUUUACGGCCGCUCCGUGACCACGGACGUGGACAUGCUGGCGCAGGACCCCGUCAGCCAGUACGCCAACUUUUCCAAGCAAGUCCCCAAGGGCGAUGAUCUGGAUGAGCUCGAGCGCGAGACGUGCCCUCCCAACUCGGCAGUCAGCGUCAACGGGACGGAGGAGGCCUGGUCUGGGGCGUGGAGGUACGCCAGUCUCCGGGGACAAGGCGUGCUGACGGCGCCCACGACGCCGAGCCCCCCCUGGGUGAGGACCUUUGAUAGCAUCACAAUGACUCCUUGGCUAUUCAAUCCCGAGACCAAGACGUACAUUACGUAUGACGAUCCCGAGAGUCUGGAUGCCAAGGUCAAGUUUGCACUGUCCAAGGGCUUGGCUGGGACCAUGGCGUGGGAGAUUGCGGGAGAUUUCAAUGGAGAGUUGCUGGGUGCGGUCAGGGGGGCAUUGGGCGUAUAG